CAAAACGAAGUCCGAUUCUGAAUAUUCGCCAGCGCAGCAUGGACGCGCUCCUUGGCGAUACGCACGUGUGGGCGACGAUCCUCGGCUACGUCCAGCGCCAAGACGUUGCCAUAAUGGCCUGCGUGAACAAGACGUGGUCCAAGGCCGUGGCGCGGCCGCAGGUGUGGGAAGUGCUGGCGCAGGCGCCGCGCGGCCCGUUCCUCGCGUCCUGCUUUCGCCGCGCUUCGUCGUACGCGUACCGCGAGACCGAUGUUCCGGCGCCGAAUGUGAAUCGCCGCGGCGCGCCGCCAACGAUCCGCGGCUGUCUCCUCAGCGACCGCUCGACGCUCAAAGACUACAUCAACGAGCUCCGCGCCAUGUACUAUGAGCAGCAGAACCUCGCCAAGACGCCUGUCUACCUCGCUGUGCCCGACGCGCUCUACGACGACGCGGCCAGUGUGAGGACCGACCGCCCGUUCACACGCGACGAGUGGCGCCGCGCAGCCUUCACGUCGGUCACGCUCGUGCAGAGUCCGGGCAGUCCGAUUGCGACACACGUGCUCACGGGUGCGAUCCUCCACGACACGGCCUUCUUCUACCUCUGGCACCUCAAGGAGGCUCGGAUCGUCGCUACCAUCUACCAUGCGCUUGCUACCUGCUUUGACACGUGCGCCAAGAUGCUCGUCAUUGGUGCCGCCGACGGCACGGUCAAGACAUGGGACCUCGCGGCCGCGGUGGCAACCAAAACGACGAGUGCGCCCGUGCGCGGGUUGGUCCCGACAUCGAGCCUCGCACCGCGCUCGCACAUUGGGCUCGCGCCGUUUCUACCGACGCGCGCCAACCAGCGCCACAAGCCCGUCAAAGUCCAGGUCGAUGUGAGCGAAGGCUCGUUUGUGUUUGUGGCCGCCACGUACGAAAAAGGCGACGUGGCUGUCUGGAAUGCGACCAAAGCCGAGCUCACGACAUCGCUCUCAGUCGAGAGCAUUCACAAGUCGACACUGCCGCGAGCAGCCCGGACGCCGACGCCGCAAGUGACGAGUCUCAUGCUCUUCCGCAACACACUCGUGUGCGGCACCUCGGUCGGUCUCGUUCGGGUCUUUGAUACGCGGGACGGGCGGCUGAGCCACCGCAUCAGUGGCCACCCCGAUGCCAUUGUCAAGACACUGACGCGCGGACGGGUGCUCUGGAGCGCCGGUCAAGACGGCUCGGUGCGCUGGUGGGGCGGCAAGUCCCCAAAAGUCCUCCCCAAGUCGCUUCUCUGUGAAGGGCCCGUGUCGCAUCUCGAGAUGGACGAGUCAGUCGUCGUGGCCGCGUAUGGCGCCAAGGGCAUGCAGGCAUGGGACGUGCGCACGCAGCAGCCGCUCACGACCUUUGGCGCCACCGACGGCGUCGCGUCCGUGGUCUUUGACAAGCGCAAGCUCGUGAGUCUCUCGCCACAGGGCGUUGUCCAUGUGUGGCGCUGGUUUGGCUUGUAUCCGGUGCACUCGAUGCCACGACACCACGUGUACACGGCGAUCGCGCAUGAUGAACGCCACCUCGUGCUGGGGACCGCUGAGGGCGCGGCCGUCGUCUACCGCAUGGAAGGCAUCCCGUCCAAGAAGCCGCCGGGCGCCCUCUACGACUACUAGCCCUUAGAUUGCGAUAUUCAACUAUAACAAAUGACAAGGUAACCUCGAUGCUCUGUCGUGCUGAAGCUGGAGAAUUAGC